AUGAAAUCUCUAUUUAUGAUACUCCUGAUUCUUGCCAUCUUGCCGGUCUCCAUAUGCCUCAUGUGUUACGGGUACAAUAACUACGAGGAAGCUGUAACGACUCUCCACCACCGCAAGUUUUGUACCGCGGUAUACUCUGUGCAUGACGGUAUCGGUGUUUUCGGUGGUGGAGAGCGUCAUCCGAGUAGAAUUCCCAACAUUGUUGAAUUAAAAGACGACCACGAUUGCGUUUUCCAGACGGUGGAGUCGAGCUUCGGCUUCCAGCAAGCGAUUAUUGGUUGUGCUAUUGCUUCACAAACCUCUGUAAUUUUCCUUUCAGCUAUUCGGAGUUCAAAGCCAGGAAUUUUACAUUGA